UAUGCGACGAAUAUUGGCGCCAAAACGCGUGCACUUGACAUAUUUUGGUGUUGUUGUGAAUUGUGUUUGGUCAGCAAAACUGCCCGCAAAUACUCUCCCACCUGGACAAUUUGGUGUGAAAGCCACGCAAAACGAUGAGUAAGAUGUAUGGGUGUCCGAGUAAUGUGAAAUGGGGGCACAAAUUAAAAAGCAAAGACGUGCCGGAGCUUCAAAACAGGAAGGUCACUUUUUACAGCAAAGCAACUUGCGGAGAGCUCGAAUUGUCCCCGGAAGCGUGCGUGAUUGUGGCAAAUUGGAAUAAAUCUAAUCCCGGAAGGGGAGACAUUGCGAAGAUCAUUCACAUCUUCCAUGUGACGGAGGAGGAGUACAAGCACGACAGGGCACGCGCUAUUGUACAGUGGUACGCCUGGGCUGAUGUCCUACCACAGAGAUUCUUCACAAAGGGAAUAUCUCUGCCGGAGAGUGAUGUAGAAGUCAUUGAAGAUCAUCGUCCGUUUGAGAAUGAUAUUUCUCUGGGAUCUAUUUCCGGGAAGUGCUGCAUUUUGGACAUUCCGGAAGGCAUGUCCUUGUCCACAUUGAUGGAGAACAAUCCAGCUUUCAUGGAGGCAUUCACAUGCAUUUGUCGCUACAAGCUUGUACGCAGUAUUGGGCGGCAGUACAGGUUGGUUCCAAUUCUGGACAAUCCAGAUGGUCUUGCCAGGUCAAAGGAAAGGCCACAGCCACGAAAUGAUCACAUAACUCCACAUACAAAUCGAAGGACAUCGAGAAUCCGCACUGUGUCACCCAUAAAGAUUGUUGGGAGGAAUGUUGUGCGUCUCUCAUCGGUCAGGAAGUCUCCAAUCCUCCUUAGUGAUGCGAGUGAUGCAGAGAAUGAGUCGCCAAAUAAACGAAGGAACUCCGAGGAUACUUCCGGAGGACAAACUCCCAGAAAAAAAUCCAACCUGAACACUUCCACCGUCAGGAGGAAUCUCAAUGAGAGUCUCAACCAAUCCGUGGAUUCAGAUCAGCUCAAUUAUUCCAUUGUGGACGUUGAGAGUGAUGCCCUGAGGGUACGUCUGCGUGUAUCGGAGAAUCAACGGAAGAAAUCCACACCAACAUCGCCCAGGAAGCGUUCUCCAGGCGAGGAAUUGAAGACAUCCCCCCGAAAGACUCGCAGGAGUACAUCUGCCAGUCAAUUGUUCACGCCCCAGGGAAAAUCUUCCGUCCGGAAGAGUAUCCUCCGCACGCCAGCUUCAAAGCUAGCCGACAGCUCAACACCACGGAAAAGUAUCACGUUGUCCAAUGUUAUUGAGGAAUUCCCAUCAGGACGUCGUCCCUCGAGGAUUUGCACAAAACGACAAACAUUCGGAUUUUACUGCGAUGCCGCAGAUGAUUCUCCGGAAAUCCCCAAAACUCCCCGAAGCGCCAGAGUGGGCAGAAAUCCCACAACACCCAAAUCCGCGGGCAAAGCGCAAUCUGCGGCAACGACUCCGAGUCAGAAGAUGAAGCUCCUGCGCGAGGGGGUAAUCACACCAACUCUGGGGAGUCGCGAAGGAGCCCUAAAGGGUAGAAAGUCCCUCCUAGAGGUCGCCAGGGAUCAUUUGCACGUGUCUGCUGUGCCCACGAGUCUACCCUGUAGGGAAAAUGAAUUUCGGGAUAUUUAUCAAUUUCUCGAGGGAAGAAUUAAGGAUGGAUGCGGAGGCUGCAUGUACAUCUCGGGAGUACCAGGAACGGGGAAAACAGCCACAGUGACGGAGGUGAUACGAAAUCUCCGUGCUAAUGCGGAAAAGUUGAAGCUACCAAAGUUUCAGCACAUUGAAAUCAAUGGGAUGCGCCUCACGGAGCCCCGUCAGGCCUAUGUGCACAUCUUCCGGCAACUUCAGGGGAAGACUGUGCCAUGGGAGCAGGCCUACAACUACCUCGAACGACGCUUCCGCACUGAGGGGGGCAAGAAGAGCGUCACAGUGCUGGUGGUUGAUGAGCUCGAUAUGCUCUGCAAUCGACGACAGGAUGUUGUGUACAACCUCCUGGAUUGGCCAGCAAACAGGGCAGCCCGCUUGGUCGUUGUAACCAUUGCCAAUACGAUGGAUCUGCCAGAGAGGCUGCUAAAGGGGAAGGUGACGUCACGUCUGGGACUUACACGGCUGACAUUCAAGCCAUACUCCUUUCGUCAGCUGCAGGAGAUUGUAACGUCGCGCCUUGCGGGAUUUGACGGCUUCAACGGGGAUGCUGUGCAGUUGGUGUCGAGGAAGGUUGCUGCUGUGUCUGGGGAUGCCAGGAGGGCUCUUGACAUUUGUCGCCGGGCCGUGGAAGUGGCCGAAGCUGAGAAGCAAGGAACUGUCUCAAUGGGGCAUGUGGAGAAAGCCCUUGCGGAGAUGAUUGCAAAUCCGAAGGUUCAAGCCAUUAGGGCUUGCUCCCGCAUGGAGCAAGUCUUCCUUCAGGCUGUCAUUGCGGAGAGCCUGCGAACGGGUGUUGAGGAGACAACAUUUAUGGGAAUUUAUGCGCAAUUUGAGACACUUUCAUCCAUUUCCGGACACACUGUGCCCACAAUUACGAAGAGUCUGGAGAUCUGUGCGCGCCUGGGGGCGUGUCGUCUCAUCAUAAGUCAACAUAGCAGUAGCGACAUCUACCAGAAGAUCCUACUCAACGUAAGUCCCGAUGAUGUUCACUACGCUCUCCAAGAUAAAGCCUAAACUGCCUGAAUUUUAUUUUUUUUAACUUAAUUCUUAAUUCUUUUUAAGUUUGUUUGUUUUUUACUUGAUAAAAAUGAUUUAUUACAAAGAAAUUAUACAAAUUGAUGUAGGAUUCAUUUUUUUCAACAAUAAAUUAUAACAUUUUCUCUUAAA